UUUCUGAUGUUCUAGGGCGAGUGUAGUCCCAGAAGGGCCCAGGUAAGGGAGUGUCAUUGUCAGUUUGGACCUGAGCCCUGAAGCUGAUGAUGCUGCUGCUGUGAGUGUGUCCGUGGCCGACCUGCCAGGGCAGAGCAGCAGAGAGGCUGGGGUUGGCAGGACAACAAUGCUGCUGAUUCAGCAGAUCCUGCUGCUUACUGCUGCUGAACACCGUUGACUUUCUCAGAGGAGAGAGACAGAGAGGGAUGCAGGAGGAGGAGUGGCGGCGGAUCGUCAGUGUUGCCGACGAAGCACAGGCACACGGCGCAGUGAGCAUGUCUGCAGAUUCGUUUGGCGCCGGGGGCAGCGAUGCCCAGCAGAGCCUACAGUCCUUCUGGCCCCGCGUCAUGGAAGAGAUCAGGAACCUCACGGUGAAGGAUUUCCGCGUGCAGGAGUUGCCUCUCGCCCGAAUCAAGAAAAUCAUGAAGCUGGAUGAAGAUGUGAAGAUGAUCAGUGCGGAGGCUCCGGUGCUGUUUGCCAAGGCAGCUCAGAUCUUCAUCACAGAGCUCACGCUGAGGGCCUGGAUCCACACUGAAGACAACAAGAGACGCACCCUACAGAGGAACGACAUUGCCAUGGCGAUAACGAAGUUCGACCAGUUUGACUUCCUCAUCGACAUCGUGCCCCGGGACGAGCUCAAGCCCCCCAAACGACAGGAGGAGGUGCGUCAGUCGGUGGCCCCAGCAGAGCCGGUCCAGUACUACUUCACCCUGGCUCAGCAGCCAGGCCAGGUCCAGGGCCAACAGCAGGCCACAGCACAACAGGCUACCACCAUCCAGCCUGGACAGAUCAUCAUCGCACAGCCACAGCAAGGACAGGUGCUGCAGGGGACCACAAUGCAACAGUUACAGCAGGUGCAGGUAGCCCAGUCACAGGGCACACCUAUCACGGGUGCUCCGAUGACCAUGCAGGUGGGGGACCAGCAGGUCCAGAUAGUACAGGCGUCGUCGCAGGGCCAGACCCAGACGGUACAGUCAGGACAGACCAUGCAGGUCAUGCAGCAGAUAAUCACCAACACCGCAGAGAUCCAGCAGAUACCAGUGCAGCUGAACACUGGUCAGUUGCAGUACAUCCGGCUGGCACAGCCUGUCUCUGGCACACAGGUGGUUCAGGGACAGAUCCAGACGCUGGGUAACACUCAGCAGGUACAGAUUACACAGACAGAGCAAGGCCAGCAGCAAUUCAACCAGUUUACUGACGGACAGCAGUUGUAUCAGAUUCAGCAGGUGACGAUGCCGGCGGGACAGGACCUGAGCCAGCCCAUGUUCAUCCAGUCCACCAAUCAGACGGCCGAUGGACAGGUCACCACACAGGUCAGCGCAGACUGAGGCUCCGGAAACAUCCGCCUGACCCCCAGACCACCCAACCAUUGACCACACCACCUGCUACCAUCCAUAAGGACAACACUGGCUCAAACCUCCAAGGGACCUCCUAGGAUGCGUCCAAAAUGGCACCCUAUUCCCUGGUGAAAAGUAGAGCACAAUAUAGGGUGCCAUUUGGGAUCUACGCUCAUUCAAUACACUGGUCUAUGACAUGAUACUUAAAAGGGACUCUCUGACAACAUUCAGUACACUGGGUCAGAUACCAAAGGGACUGCCCUACAACUCCCUCUCAUCCCCAUGUCAUAUCAUCUCUCUCUGCCUCUGUUAGUUUCUCCAGGCCUCACUUAGUGCCCAUUCAUGAGAGCCACACACAGGGUAUCCAAACGCUGAAUCCUCCAGGUCCCAACUCUUCUCCUUUUUAGUGACCAACUGUUCUUCCUCAGUGUCUGUAAACCCUUUAUGUACAAACCUCAUCUAUAUAUUCUCUGUCUCUCUGUGAAGUACACGGUAUGGGUGGCUUUUGUGUUCUCUAUUUUUGUGUCCCAAAUGCACCCUAUUUCCUAUACAAUGCACUCAUUUUGACCACAGUCCAUAGGGUUUUGGUCAAAAGUAGUGCACUAUAUAGGGAAUAGAGUGCCAUUGGGACACAUCCUAUGGAAGGCUUGGCCCUUGUUUUGUCUACAAGCCAAGAGAACAUAAAUCAUGACCUUUCGAUGUAAUGUUUUUAUGUGUAGACGUUUAAAAGAAAGAAACUAUAAAGCCAUACUCUUACCUAACCCAUUCAAUUCACAAUAAAUCAUUGUCAAUUGUAUGAGACCAGCCAUGAUAGGUCAAUUAAGUUAUGUUAGUUUCUCGCAGGUUUUUCACAUUGACGAGACAUUGCCAUCGAUGAAAGGGCUUCUAACUGUAUGAUUGAGUUUGUAUUUUGUAUGUAUGACCUCCAUGUGUGUGUGUGUCAUUCAAUAUUGGGCAGUUACUGCAGUAUACCUUCCCCAUUGCCCAGUGAUCCUACUCACCUCUUCAGUUCCCCCUCUUCUCUUCCCUCUUCAGUUCCCCCUCUUCUCUUCCCUCUUCAGUUCCCUCUUCAGUUCCC